AUGAUUGGGACGACGUCCUUUUUGAAUCAUCUUGGCAGCCGGCCGCCACGGUACCGCACUCCUUCGCCUCCGCGACGCGCCGUCGAACCGAUUUCACCAACCACGACUACCGAUUUCCGUGCUUCAUGGGCGGACCGCGGAGGCCCUCGGGCUGCGAGUUCUGAUUGCGAUCAGUUCACAGCGAACAAUGGAAGAUAUGCUGCAGCAGAUGGUGGGGUUCAUCACCGAUCCGGCCAUGGCAGGUCGAGUUCUACGAUCGAUACUCUUGCGACAAUUGCUUUAGCAACGAGCCCUACAUUCGCACCUCUUUCCUACAGACCUCCGUCCCAGAAUUCCACAUCUGCGAUACCUCUCUUCCCCUCCGAACCUAUAGAACCUCCCGAACGUCCUGCCAAGCGCCCGCGGUCGGAGAAAGACCCUUCGCCGUUUCAUCCCCGGGCGGGCGCGGGACCCGAUGCAAAUCACCACUCCGUCCUGGAUAGCAUGAAGACGGAUGCAGAGCUCCUGCUAAACUUUGCCAGACCAAGCAACUUCCCUCCUACCACCCAUUCAUCGAAGCGACUUAACACGGAUGAGUCGUACAAUCAUUACGGAGGUGAAACGAAACGUCAGACCAAGGUUGGCUUCGGGGGAGUCCAUGCGGGACCGGAAGAUGAAAAAUUUGCGUUCAAUGGUCUUGGGAGUAAUAACUUCCCGCCCUCUCGGAUGAGAUCACAGUCUGACGGCUCCGCUGUCAUCUCCCGGCCAGUCGUUCGUGGAGCACGACCUAACACCAGCUCCUCUACCCUUCCGCCCAUCAUUUGGCAAGAGGAAGGUGAAGAUACUAUCAGGUGGGAUUCAGAAAACCACACUCAAGGGAAUGAUGUGCAUAUAGACACACAACAUUCUGGUGCCAUGUCCAAUGCUACGCUCCCCAAACCAAUGGGUUUGUCCGCCAAAAUGGAGGAUGCCCAUCCCGAAGAGCCCAACCAAGCGAGCUGUGCUGCCUGCAACCUGGUCCGGAUCCCAAUGGACACGGAGGAACAAGGCGAAGUGACAUGGAUCAGUUGCGAUGGUUGCAAGCGAUGGUUCCAUAUCGUCUGCGCCGGGUUCAAGAGUGAUCGUGAAAUUCGUACCGUUGAUAAGUUUAUCUGCCGUGGGUGCCGGCCAGUCUAUGGGCAGACUACGUUUGUACGCAAAUCGUCUCGCGCCCGCACUGCCAUUGACUAUGCGGGUCUCCACCAGGGACUUGUCAAGACAGCCACCGAUUCCAUGGAACACCACUACAUCGAGCCCAUCCGACAAGGCAAGAUUCGUUUCCUUCCUGAAAGUUUUGCUCGGAUGGACCCUACAUUGGUCACUGCCGAGUAUUUUGAACGUGGCAGUGGAAUGACAGAACCAAUUGUGAUUCCUGCCCAUUUGAAUGCCCGCCAUGAUCUGACCCCGGAAACUGACUCGGAAUACGACAACCUUGUUCAAAAUGCUCCCACCCAAGAGAUGUUUGACGAGCUACUCGAGCAUCUCCCGGAAGAAGGCCAGGCUCAGGAGCAAGUGAUUGAUUGUGGCCAGGAUCAACUGGACAUGGUUAUUCCCGAUGGCCUCACCGUCAGAGCUGUCGCCGAAUUAUAUGGCCCGGAAGAAAGGGUGGAAGUUAUCGAUGUUAAAUCCCAACAGGGCGAGGAUAAGCGAUGGAACAUGCAGAAGUGGGCUGAUUACUAUGAGAGCACCGGGGCUAAGGUCGUCAGGAACGUCAUCAGCCUGGAGGUUUCACAGAGCAGACUAGGCAGGUUAAUUCGCCGACCAAAGAUUGUGCGUGAUCUCGACCUCCAGGAUGCAGUAUGGCCCAAAGAGCUACAGGGGAUUGGCGACUACCCUAAGGUUCAAUUCUACACCUUAAUGUCCGUCGCUAAUUGUUAUACCGACUUUCACAUUGACUUUGGCGGUUCAUCGGUCUUUUACCAUAUUCUCAAAGGCAAGAAGACAUUUUUCUUCAUACCUCCGAAGGAUAAGCAUCUCAAGAAAUACGAGGAAUGGUGCAAUUCGCCUGCUCAAGACACCACCUUCCUUGGUGACCAAACAAAAGAAUGUUAUCGCGUUGAUCUUUCGGAAGGCGACACUAUGCUCAUUCCUUCUGGUUGGAUUCAUGCUGUCUGGACUCCUGAGAACAGCCUGGUUAUCGGUGGCAACUUUCUAACUAGGUUGAACUACGGCAUGCAGAUCAAGAUCUCAAAAAUCGAGAAAGACACCAAGGUACCCAGGAAGUUCAGAUAUCCCUUCUUCCAGAAAAUCCAAUGGUACACGGCAUUGAAGUAUCUUGAGGAGGAUCCUAUUCCCCAGAGUGUUCUCGAUAUGUUCAUGCAAGAUGAGAACUAUCGCUUCCACCGAGAAUAUCCAAUCUACUACGAGUUCGGAGAGCUGGCAAACACCCCGCCUCCUGGCUCUCCCUAUCAUAAUUCUCGCUUCUAUUCUCAAGCCGAACUGGAAGGUUUGCCUGAUUUAGUCAAGUACCUCCUGCGGACAGCGCUUAUUGCAGGCUCCUACAUUGUCGACGGUGUCACUAUUGAUGCCAGGAAUGCAAUCAAGCGAUCUAUCCCAAAGGGUCAAGGGGAUCCAGUAGAUACAAUCAGGAAUUUCGCAAUAUGGGUUGCAUGGAAGCGCGGGAACGAACAAGCACCGCAAUGGAUCCGCCCCGGGGUGAUUGAAAGCAAUGCCAAAAUCAGCUUCACAGAGAAGAAGCCGGCAGGGCGACCCAGCCGUCGCUCAGAGCGCAAUGCAGACAAUCAGCGCAUGUAUGCCGAGAGACAGGCCGUGCAGCGACUUCCGGAACAAAUACCAGUCUCUUCUGCGACUUCGGACACCAUUAACCCCGGGCCUAUCAGCAGGGAUUCGCCCGUGCCACCUGACACCGAUACUCCCCUACUGGCCAAUGGGUCGUCGUCAGGUACAACAAUGAAGGAAGAGUCUGUCCCCAAACCUCGUACUGCUCCUCGAGGAUCCGGUUUAGGGCCGAAGAGAGUUGCCUGUGAUGCGUGUCGCAAGCGCCGGAUACGAUGUCGCCACAAGGACGAGCAAAGUGACACGGUAUCAAAUAAGCACAUGGCUGUUAGUGCCUUUGGACCGGGGCAAAAUCAAUCAUCGUUGGCACAUGAUGCCGCGUCCGCGUUGAACUCCCUGGCAGCGAUCGCAUCAGAGGCUGGUCUUCAAGAAGGCGGCAACGUGAUGGGACUGGAUCACUUCGAGGGCUCUGGAAAAUACAACCCAACAAUCUUGAGCACCCCCAACGCGUCCGCGAACAGACUUCAUGAUGUGAGCCCUGAUGGUGUUCACUCGGGGAAGAAGGGGCGAAGCAAGGCCUGUGAUGAUUGCCGAAAGAGCAAGCGUCGUUGCAUUCAUGACGAAUAUGGCAGAGUAGAUCCCGUUAAGGCCCAAGAACGUUCAAAACCCCGAGCUAGCAGUUCCGCAAAACGACCCCGGAACGAGGAUGAUGCCAUCUUAACGGCACACAAGAAACCGAAGCAGGAGAGCACAUCUCCUGUGGUGAGACCGGCGAACCUCAGUAGGCGAGAGGGCGAGAUGUCAAAUGCACGCCCACACUCGUCUGAUCAUGCCCACGAGGGAGUUCAUUCCACAAAGAUAGUCCGGCCACAGGUAGGUGUAGCCGAGACGACAAAAGAAGCCCCACUGGGUCAAACUUCAUACGCCUCACCACCUGCAUUUCAAACCGACACUAUGGUCACAAAGGAAGUCAACACCAUACCUGUGUCUUCCCAGCCAACAACCACCCUUGUCUCUCCACCAACCUCGUUGGCAGACGAGACGGAUGUUCCCCAUGACCAAGCUGACGGCGAAGGGGAGCAUGCUGUCCUCCAUACUCCAACUUCAAGUUCCCGCCAUUCGUCACGUCAACCUCGCCAUGUUGAUCGAUAUAUACCCGAGGCCCAAGCGACUAAGAUUGCGAAGCUACCAACGCAUACGCCAUUUGCUCGUCGGUCGUCUUUUGGGGGAACAAGUACAGUCGCGCACAAGACCACACCCGGCCCGUCAGCUUCGAAGAAGCCUUCUUCGCGUCCCUCGUCAUCGCACGCAAAGAAGAGCUCCUCGCUCACGACCGACAAGAAGUUUGAUCGCCAUGCUACUUCCCUGUCCCCUGGUCAAUCUGGCAAGAAUACGAAACGUAUAGCUGAAGGCGAACCGGAUGCCGAUAGUUUACGUCUGAUUCGGGAAAUCCAAGAACAGGAAUUCGGACUACGCAAGCGGGCAACACGGGUGUAA